AUGAACGCCAUCUCGUACCUCACCAAUAAGGUGUUGCCGCCCAAGUUUGACGAGAAAGCACCCAAUUCUCAUGAGACAGACGAUCGGAUAGCAGAUCAGACCAGCUCGCCCGUGAGAUUGUCAAAGGUCGAGGAAAAACCGGAAGAUCUCAAGAUUGGUAAAGAUAGCAUCAUAAAAUCGAGAACGAGAGCAAGACGUAUGGGAAGAAUCCUGUGGUCGGUCCUGAUAUUUGUGCCCAACCUGCUUCUCGUAAAACCCGCACUUUUCAUUUGGUUUGUCGUGACAUUCCCACUGAACUUCAUCGAGCGCUCCAGCAAGGAAAAGGGAAAGAAUGGGCCCCUGCAAGAUGCAGACGCGAUUCCCGUCUCCAUUUCAACUGGCUUCUCGCCUGCCUCAACGCGAAUCAAUACAAUUACUGAGGAAGAAGACGAUCUUGGCGGAGACGAAAUGAUUCUACAACCGGAUACCGUCAAAGGUUCGCUCACGGCCCAAAGGUCUAGCCAAGACCUUACAUCACAAGAACAGCAGCAGCAAGACCAGGACCAGGACUUACUGGCUCCCUCUUUGCUAUCCCAUGAAAAGAACACGAAAUCGUCGCAGAAGGCGUCCAGCGUCCGCUCUGGUAACAGCAACGGCAGUACGGGAGCUUUGAUUUUAGGCUCGCGACGCAUGGGUCGUUUCUUGUUCCCCAAAAAACUAAUUCCUCAGUCGGUACUGAAUCGGCAGAAGCGCCGGACGCUCGUGCUGGACCUGGAUGAGACGCUGAUACACUCGAUGUCGCGAGGCACCUCCUCGAGCAAUUCGUCGCAGGGCCACAUGGUCGAGGUCAAGUUUGCCAUCAGUGGGAUUUCUACGCUUUACUACGUGUACAAGAGACCCUAUUGCGACCUUUUUCUGACCAAGAUCUCUCUCUGGUACGAUUUGGUGAUAUUUACCGCGUCUAUGAAAGAAUACGCCGAUCCCGUAAUCGAUUGGCUAGAGGCCUCGUUUCCGGGCAAGUUUUCGAGACGUCUGUACCGCCAAGACUGCACUUUGCGGAACGGGAUGGGCUACGUCAAGGACUUGUCUUUACUCUCGUCCACCCACGCACCGCUGAGCGAUGUGUUUAUCAUCGACAACAGUCCCGUGAGCUAUGCCAUGCAUGUAGAUAAUGCUAUCCAGGUAGAAGGGUGGAUCAGUGACCCGACGGACACAGAUCUCUUGAAUUUGCUGCCCCUCCUAGAGGCACUACGAUAUACCACCGACGUGCGCAACGUUUUAGCAUUGAAAAAUGGAGAGAGGGCUUUCGCGGUGUAA